AUGGAUAACAACAGCUUGAGGCGUGUCCGGUGUGUGUGGUGCUGCAGAGCGACGGGGUGCCGGGAGCGCGGCGUGGUGAGCGACUCGCGCGGCGCCGUGUCGGCGGGCACGGUGGUGGCCGCGCUGUGCGCCGCGUCGCAGCCGCAGACGGUGAGCCUGCGAGACCUGCUGGCGUCGGCGGCGGAGGCGGGGCUGGCGCCCGUGCUGAGCGGCGGCACCUCGGCCGUAGCGCCGCGGGACCGCGAGAAGCUGGAGAGCCUCAGGGCGUACUCCGACAUGGGCAGCGCGGCCGCCGUAGACAGCCUCUGGGCCAGCACGCUCGCCGGAGACCUGUCCGAGGUGGCCAUCUACCAGGGCCCUCGCGUGGCGGCUGUCCGUGUGGGCGCCGCCGGCUUCUGGGACGACCCGCUGCUGCCCAUCAACUACGUCAUUGGCCACAAGGUCAUCAUAGACCUCACCGACGCCGAACUCCGCGGCGGCAUCGACGGCCUGGUGCUGGGCGGCGGGCUGCGCGCGUGGCUGGAGCAGAUGGGCCGGCUGCGGCUGUCGCAGCUGCUGGAGAUGUACUACUCGCCGCGCGGCGUCGUGCUGGACGCGCAGGGGCAGCUGAGGGCGUGCCAGCGUUCCGGCGUGCUCUCCACCGCCGGCUACGGCCUGCGCCUGCGCAACGAGACGCUGAACAUGGCCCGGCUGCUGUACAUGCGGUCUGACGGGCCGCAGCUGAGCGACGCGGCCAUACAGAACUACACCAACUCGUCCGUCGGCGCCUUCUCCAGCUACUACCGUGAUGUCCUGGCGAAGGACCCAUCUUGCGCUGGAGAACUCUGGAACCCUCCCUACGUUCACCUUCUCGUCGUCAUGGACUCCACGUGGACGCCGAAAGAGGCAAUUCGCCUCCUCACGUUCCUGGCCCAGCAGGCGGACGUGUCGGAGCUGGGAAGUUCGCUCAGCCUGCUGGACGGCCGCGGGGGACGCUGGGUAAUCAACGGCUCCAGGCGCUUCACCGACGUGCCGCAGGCGCUGCACAACGACUCCCUGCUCUCCUGUGAGUACCAGCACCCUCCUGCAACGCUGCGCAGCUGGUCCAGCUGA